UUGUUGUUGUCAACCUUUAAGCCUAAACCAGAGUUUGGUUAGCAGAUUGUCAUCCUUCAUGUUAACCAAAUCCAAAGUAUUAUAAAUUAGUUCAUAAUUUAAUCGUGAUUUAAAUCUAAUUGUCAAUUUAUCUCCAUUAAAUUGAUCAUGUCAUCUUUUCAACAUGAACCAGGAACAGCAAUCGAAUGUCUUUCGAUUCCAAUUAAAUUACAAAAGGAAAUUGGUUACGAUGAAUAUGGCAGAGAAAUAAUGAAAUGUGGCUUCUCAAUUGGAGGAGGAAUUGAUCAAGAUUAUCAUCAAUCGCCUCAGGGGUUCACUGACAAUGGAAUCUAUGUGACAAGUGUAAACACUGAAGGUCCAGCAUGGAGAUCGGGAUUAAGAAUUGGGGACAAAAUAUUACAGUGUAAUGGCUACGAUUUCACAAUGGUGACUCAUAAAAAGGCCAUUGAAUAUAUAAAGAAAUUCCCAACAUUGAAUAUGCUUGUUGCUCGACGUGGAGUAACUCAGGCUUGUUACAAUUAGAUUUAAAUUGUAAUCUAAUUUCCAUUAAUAUACAAUAUCAACAAUUGUGAUCCGAGAAACUGAAAUAUCCAACAAUCAACAAUUCUGUGCUUCCAAUAUCAACAAUAUUAUGAUCUCAUGAUAAAUAUAAUCAGCGAAAAUCUCAUAAUCAAUUAACUGGAUCUUGUCUCCAAUUCUCAUCAUUCUGAACAAUCAAACGAAUCUUUUUUUUCAAACAAUCAGUUAAUCCUUAAAAUAAUCUAUUCUCUCCAAUUAUACCGACACACUUUUACAUUGACAGCAAUUAAUAUAUUCUUACAAUCAACUAAAAUGAUUUAACAAAGAAGAUGAUAUUCUCCUCUUAUCCUUAAUCCAGUCCUUUCAUCUUGUCAUUUAACUGUUUUUUUUUAAUUAAUUCCAUUUCUAUACCAAUGGUGGUAAAUUUUUUGUGUCGCAAUUAACUCAAAAGACUGCGACAAUUAUAAAAAAACGAAAAUUGGUUUUAAUUAUAUUUUAUUAAACUUUCUGUUGAAAUUAUUUUCAUUCUUAA